AUGGCUCGCCCAUUGUACACGCCCAAGAGCGACGCCCCCGAGCAACACCUCAAACAUGAGUUGCAAACCCAGUUUCUGUCGCCACCAUCAACCUUCUCGCCAGAAUGGCUGAACAAGCUGCAGGCACGAUGGGAUGGCCAAUCCGCCCACUACGCAGAGCUGUGUCGAUUGCCCCCUCCCCAGACAAGGACCAUCACUCGCUUCACCCGACACGGCCUGGAAGGGAAAGUCGCCGCCUAUCGACAGGUCACGCUGUCCGCUUCCGCAUCCGGCGAUACUGCCAAAAACUCCACCUCACUGCUGCGGAAACCAGCGAAUCGAGCCGACUUUGUGCGAGGCGCCGCGGGCUUCUUCCCCUUCGCCCCUGGUGGCCUGGAUGGAGUCGACACCAUUCAAGCUUACGAAGACCAAGUCAGGCUGGAGGAAGGGAGAGAAAACUCCCGACCAAUCCAAAAAUCCAACGGGCUCGCUCGUGUCAUCAACUUCGGAGUCGGUGGUGGCCUUCUCGAGGUGCCCCCGGGCUUUGCCAGGGGCAUGAAACUUGCCGAAAAGGGACCAGGUGAGGCCCAAGCAGAUGCCGAGGACGUGGAACAGACAUUGAAUGCUACCGGGGAAGCUGGCCCAGGCUCCUCAGCCCUUGACCACCACGGAGACAGUACGGCUGAGUCGGGAAAUGGACCUUCAAUCGUGCAAGAUGACGAGGAAGAAUAUGCCGAUCUCGACGAUCUGCUUCCAGUCGAAUUUCCAUCUCUGGCGCCGCGUGGGAAAUUACUACCCGCAACCACCAAGGGACCGGGUAAAAAAUGGGCUCACGUGGUGGACAUCAACAAGGCUAUUCCAAACUUCCAAGAAUUGGUCCCCGACAUGGCGCGGACGUGGCCGUUCGAACUCGACACUUUUCAGAAAGAAGCAGUCUAUCAUCUUGAAAGCGGCGACUCAGUGUUUGUGGCGGCCCACACCUCGGCGGGAAAGACUGUGGUUGCAGAAUAUGCCAUCGCCCUGGCUGCGAAGCAUAUGACCAAAGCCAUCUACACGUCCCCUAUCAAGGCCCUUUCCAAUCAGAAGUUCCGGGAUUUCAAGAACAUCUUCGAUGACGUGGGCAUAUUGACCGGCGAUGUCCAGAUCAAUCCAGAAGCGAGCUGUCUCAUCAUGACAACGGAAAUUUUGCGUAGUAUGCUCUACCGCGGUGCCGACCUCAUUCGGGAUGUAGAGUUUGUCAUCUUUGAUGAAGUGCACUAUGUCAAUGACCUUGAGCGAGGAGUGGUCUGGGAGGAGGUCAUUAUCAUGUUACCCGAUCACGUCACACUUAUCCUCCUCUCCGCCACCGUGCCCAACACCUACGAAUUUGCGUCCUGGGUUGGGCGUACCAAGAAGAAGGAUAUCUACGUCAUCUCCACGCCCAAGAGACCCGUACCGUUGGAGCAUUACCUGUGGGCUGGCAAAGAGAUGCACAAGAUUGUAGAUUCAGAGAAACGCUUCCUCCAGAGUGGAUGGAGAGCUGCCAACGACAUCUUAUCAGGACUGGAUAAAAUCAAAGAGCAGAAAGCCAUCGAGGCUCACACGGCUGCUCGGGAAGGCCAGGCACCUGGACAACGAGGAGGCGGUCGCGGCCAGCCUGCCCGCGGCCCGUCCACUCAAAGAGGGGGUGCACAGCAGCGAGGACGCGGGCCUGCCCCGAACCGCGGUCAGGGUAAUAUUGCGCGAACAGGACGUGGGGGCGGGAGGACGACGGCUGCUCAAGACAGGAACAUCUGGGUGCAUCUUGUCCAGUACUUGCGAAAAGAGAAUCUCCUCCCAGCCUGUAUCUUCGUCUUUUCAAAGAAGAGAUGCGAAGAGAAUGCCGAUUCUCUCUCGAACCAAGACUUCUGCACCGCAACCGAGAAGAGCGCCAUCCACAUGGUUGUCGAAAGGUCGAUCGCGAGACUCAAACCUGAGGACCGGGUGCUGCCUCAAAUCAGACGCCUGCGAGAGAUGCUGGGCCGCGGUGUCGCUGUCCACCACGGAGGCCUUUUGCCCAUUGUGAAAGAAAUCGUUGAGAUUCUUUUCGCAAAAACGUUGGUGAAGGUGCUGUUUGCCACGGAGACAUUUGCCAUGGGCCUCAAUCUGCCCACGCGUACCGUGGUCUUCUCAGGAUACCGUAAGCACGAUGGCCGCGAAUUUCGAAACUUGCUCCCUGGAGAGUACACUCAAAUGGCCGGCCGCGCCGGUCGUCGAGGCCUCGACACCGUUGGAACGGUCAUCAUCGUCACGCCAGGCAAGACCGAGGCACCCUCGGCCGCAGAAUUGACUCAGAUGAUCACGGGUCCUGCCACCAAACUGCGCAGCCAGUUUAGACUGCAUUACAACAUGAUUCUGAACCUCAUGCGGGUCGAGGCUCUGAAAAUUGAGGAAAUGAUAAAACGGAGCUUCUCCGAGAAUGCUACGCAAGCAUUAUUACCUCAACACCAGGAGCAGGUCGCGCUAUCCCAGGCAACUCUGGACAAGAUCAAACGGGAACCUUGCGACACAUGCGACAUUGACGCGGAGAUCUGUCACGAAGCCGCCAUGCAAUUCGAACGCAUAACAAAGGAACUCUACAUAGGCUUGUUGUCGUCUCCAGUCGGACGCCGUCUCUGGACUGCAAAGAGAUUGAUAGUUUUCAAGAAGGACGCCAUACGCACAGUUGGAAUGCUCCUUGAAGAUGGAGUUCGAGGCGGGCCAGAUCGAGGCCUCAAAGUCCUUGAAAUAUCACACAUUGACGCAAAGCGAUCGACGCCAGAUCUUUUGCCAUACCUACCCUGUGUGCGCAUGAUGUUCUCAGCUCUUCCAGAAACGGCUUCCCAGGUCAAAUGGCGCAUUGCCCAAGUUUUGUUGGACGAUGUGGAAUGUGUUACCCAGACGGUUGUCAAGGUCAGUUGGCCCUCACAGUCGGAUGAGGCGCAACGGCAAUUUGUUGAGGAAGAAUUCGUCAACCUCUAUUCUUCCUGGGCCUCAACAGCGUGGGACGAGCAAGACUGGAGCAAAGUGCACGAACUGCAUCUUCGCGAUUUGCUGGUCAAGAGGAGCCAUGCUGCUCGGGUCUUCGAGAAUAGUCAAUGCUUGCUGUGUCCGCAGUUUUUAAAGCACUACGGCAUGCAACAUGACGAAUGGCUAAUCCAGGAAAAUAUCCAAUCUUUGAAGAUGCUGAUGUCUGACCAGAAUUUGUCUCUCUUGCCGGACUACCAGCAGAGGACUGCGGUGUUGAAGGAUCUCGGGUUCAUCGACGAACAGUCUCGCGUCCAGCUGAAGGGCAAAGUGGCUUGCGAGAUCCACUCGGCCGACGAGCUUGUGCUGACUGAACUUAUUCUGGAGAAUGUUCUUGCGUCCUUUGAGCCCGAAGAAAUCGUUGCCCUCCUUUCGUCCUUUGUCUUCCAAGAAAAGACGGAUAGUGAACCCCAACUCAGCGGGAACCUCGAGCGUGGCAAAGAAGCCAUCAUUGCAGUCUCGGAAAGAGUGAACCACUACCAGAUCCUGCAUCAAGUGAUCCUGUCCUCGGACGACGCCAAUGAUUUCGUCUCAAGACAACGCUUUGGGCUGGUCGAAGUGGUCUUUGAGUGGGCCAGAGGGAUGUCGUUCAACCGCAUCACCGAUCUGACGGACGUAAUGGAGGGCACUAUUGUCAGAGUUAUCACGAGGCUGGAUGAGACGUGCAGGGAGGUGAUGAGCGCGGCGAGGUUGAUUGGAGAUCCGUCUCUAUAUGGGAAGAUGGACAAGGCCAGGGAGAUGAUCAGACGAGACGUGGUGUUUACGGCUAGCCUAUACAUGUGA